AUGGCUUCACUGCCGCCGCCUCCUCCUCCUGGAUGGAGCGCAUCGUCCUCAAUGCCCCUGGCACCGCCCCCUCCAGGCUACCAGCCGCCCGCCGACCCGAACGUCGCCAAAUUUUCACAGAAGAAGAAUGAGUGGCUCCGAACACAACGCAAUCGUUUCGCGGAAAAGCGCAAAGGGGGAUUUGUUGAAACACAAAAGGCGGAUAUGCCCCCGGAGCAUUUGCGAAAGAUUGUACGGGAUAUCGGCGAUGUCUCGCAGAAGAAAUUCACCAACGAGAAGCGCAGCUACCUGGGCGCCCUCAAGUUCAUGCCCCAUGCUGUUUUGAAGCUUCUGGAGAACAUGCCAAUGCCCUGGGAGUCCGCGCGAGAGGUUAAGGUGCUUUAUCACGUCAACGGUUGCCUGACCUUGGUCAAUGAGACACCGCGUGUCAUUGAGCCCGUCUUCCAUGCCCACGCAUGCGUUUCCCCAUUCGACGAUGAGGAGCCGCCUCUAUCUUGGUCGGAGAACAUCGAAGACGUUGAGCCCUUGGAGCCUAUCCAAAUGGAGCUGGAUGAAGAAGAAGAUGCGGCCGUUUACGAAUGGCUCUACGAUCACCGUCCGCUCCUUGAUACCCCCCACGUUAACGGCCCGAGCUACAAGAACUGGAACUUGUCUCUUCCUCAAAUGGCCACUCUGCACCGUCUGAGUCACCAGAUUUUGAGUGACGUCGUCGACCAAAAUUACUACCACAUGUUUGACUUGAACAGCUUCUUCACCGCUAAGGCUCUGAACGUCGCUAUUCCUGGUGGUCCCCGUUUCGAGCCUCUGUACAAGGAUAUCGAUCCUAAUGAUGAAGACUUCAGCGAGUUCAACGCCAUCGAUCGCAUCAUCUUCCGUGCUCCCAUCCGGACCGAAUACCGAGUCACCUUCCCAUUCUUGUACAACACCCUUCCCCGCAGUGUCAAGGUAGCUUGGUACUCUCAUCCGCAAGUGGUUUACGCCCGUACCGAGGACCCCAACUUGCCCGCGUUCUACUUCGACCCUGUCAUUAAUCCCAUCUCCUCCCGCUCUGUUGCCCCAAAGAAUAUCACAGUCAGUCACGAAGAUGAAAUCUUUGGCCCUGGCAAUAAUGAAGAUGACGAGUUUGAGCUUCCCGGUGAAGUUGAGCCUUUCUUCGAGGACGAAGAUCUUUACACACCUGACACUGCUUCCGCCAUCGCUUUGUGGUGGGCCCCUCAUCCGUUCGAUAAACGAUCCGGUAAGAUGGUUCGUGCGCAGGAUGUUCCAUUGGUCAAGCAGUGGUAUCUGGAGCAUUGUCCGUCCGGCCAGCCGGUCAAGGUCCGUGUCUCUUACCAGAAAUUACUCAAGACCUUCGUCCUCAACGAGCUGCACAAGAGCACACCCAAGGCGCAGAGCAAGCAAAACUUAAUGAAGACUCUGAAGUCAACCAAGUUCUUCCAGCAGACCACAAUCGACUGGGUCGAGGCCGGUUUGCAAGUUUGUCGCCAAGGUUUCAACAUGCUCAACUUGUUGAUUCACCGCAAGAACUUGACCUAUCUCCAUCUCGACUACAACUUCAACUUGAAGCCCGUCAAGACUUUGACCACCAAGGAGCGUAAGAAGUCUCGCUUCGGAAACGCCUUCCACUUGAUGCGAGAAAUCCUUCGCUUGACCAAGCUCAUUGUGGAUGCCCAAGUCCAAUACCGUCUGGGUAACAUUGAUGCCUUCCAACUCGCGGACGGUAUCCUCUACGCCUUCAACCACGUCGGUCAGCUCACUGGUAUGUACCGGUACAAGUACAAGCUUAUGCACCAGAUUCGUUCUUGCAAGGAUCUGAAGCAUUUGAUCUACUAUCGAUUCAACUCCGGCCCCGUCGGCAAGGGUCCUGGUUGUGGUUUCUGGGCCCCCGCUUGGCGUGUGUGGCUCUUCUUCAUGCGUGGUAUCAUUCCCCUGCUCGAGCGUUGGUUGGGUAACCUGCUUUCUCGUCAGUUCGAGGGUCGCCACAGCAAGGGUGUGGCCAAGACCGUCACCAAGCAGCGUGUUGAGUCUCACUUCGAUCUUGAGCUGCGUGCAUCCGUCAUGUCAGACUUGAUGGACAUGAUGCCCGAGGGUAUCAAGCAGAACAAGGUCAACGUUGUUUUGCAGCACUUGUCGGAAGCCUGGAGAUGCUGGAAGAGUAACAUUCCUUGGAAGGUUCCUGGUCUGCCCGCGCCAAUUGAAAACAUCAUUCUUCGCUACGUCAAGAGCAAGGCUGAUUGGUGGAUUUCUGUUGCACACUACAACCGAGAGAGAAUCCGUCGUGGUGCCACUGUCGACAAGACCGUCGCAAAGAAGAACUUGGGUCGUCUCACUCGUCUGUGGCUCAAGUCUGAACAGGAGCGUCAACACAACUAUCUGAAGGAUGGUCCUUACGUUUCUUCAGAGGAGGCUGUUGCGAUCUACACCACCAUGGUUCAUUGGCUGGAGUCUCGCAAGUUCUCUCCAAUUCCGUUCCCCAGUGUUUCCUACAAGCACGACACGAAGAUUCUGAUUCUUGCGCUCGAGCGUUUGCGCGAAUCAUACUCCGUGAAGGGUAGAUUAAACCAAAGUCAACGUGAGGAAUUGGCUCUGAUCGAGCAGGCAUACGACUCUCCGGGUACGACCUUGGCCCGAAUUAAGCGAUUCUUGCUCACGCAGAGAGCUUUCAAGGAGGUCAAGAUCGACAUGAACGAUAACUACAACAACAUCAACCCUGUUACCUCUGGUACCAAGCGGAGCAGCGUCACCUCUUCCCUGCUUGGAUUAAGCCUUCCGAUUCCGAAGUCCCCCCCUCUUCUCACCUACAAGUGGACCCAGGGAAUCAACAACUUGUCCAAUGUUUGGGAGACUUCUGAGGGCGAAACUAACGUGAUGAUUGAAACCGAGCUGUCCAAGGUCUACGAGAAGAUUGAUCUUACCCUUCUUAACCGAUUGCUUCGUCUGAUCAUGGACCACAACUUGGCUGACUACAUCACUUCGAAGAACAACGUUCAGCUCAGUUACAAGGAUAUGAACCACACCAACAGCUAUGGUCUGAUUCGUGGUCUCCAAUUCUCUGGUUUCCGAAAUGGCCGGCCCCCUGGCAGCCCCAAUGACUUCUUGCAGUUCAGAGACCGUGCCGCGGAGACUCGACACCCCAUUCGUCUCUACACUCGUUACGUCGACAAGAUCUGGGUCUUCUUCCGAUUCCAGGCGGAUGAUUCACGUGAUCUCAUCCAGCGCUUCCUAACUGAGAACCCUGAUCCCAACUUCGAGAACGUGAUUGGUUACAAGAACAAGAAAUGCUGGCCCCGCGACUGUCGCAUGCGCUUGAUGCGCCACGAUGUCAACCUCGGCCGUGCUGUCUUCUGGGAUAUGAAGAACCGUCUUCCGCGAUCAAUCACCACCAUCGACUGGGAUGAUACAUUCGCAAGUGUUUACAGCAAAGACAACCCCAACCUGUUGUUCUCAAUGAACGGGUUCGAAGUCCGAAUCCUCCCCAAGAUCCGGAACAUGAACGAGGAGUUCUCCGUCAAGGACAGUGUCUGGUCCCUGGUUGACAACUCGACCAAGGAGCGCACCGCACACGCCUUCUUGCAGGUUACCGAAGAGGACAUUCAGAAGUUCAACAACCGUAUCCGCCAGAUUCUUAUGUCCUCCGGUUCCACCACGUUCACCAAGAUUGCCAACAAGUGGAACACUGCUUUGAUUGCCCUCUUCACCUACUACCGUGAGGCUGCCGUCUCUACUGUCAACCUGCUCGAUACCAUUGUCAAGUGUGAGACCAAGAUCCAGACCCGUGUCAAGAUUGGUCUGAACUCCAAGAUGCCUUCCCGUUUCCCCCCUGCGGUGUUCUACACCCCCAAGGAGCUGGGAGGUCUUGGUAUGAUUUCGGGAUCUCACAUCCUCAUCCCCACAAGUGACAAGCGCUGGUCCAAGCAAACCGACACUGGUAUCACUCACUUCCGCGCGGGUAUGUCUCAUGACGAAGAGACUUUGAUCCCCAACAUCUUCCGUUACAUCAUCCCCUGGGAAUCCGAGUUCAUUGACUCCCAGCGCGUGUGGAUGGAAUACUCGCAGAAGCGUAUGGAGGCCCAGCAGCAGAACCGCCGUUUGACCCUGGAAGAUCUGGAGGACAGCUGGGAUCGCGGUCUUCCCCGUAUCAACACCCUCUUCCAGAAGGACCGCAGCACCCUCAGUUUCGACAAGGGCUUCCGACUCCGCGCUGAGUUCAAGCAGUACCAGCUCAUGAAGAGCAAUCCCUUCUGGUGGACAAGUCAGCGACACGAUGGUAAACUCUGGAAUUUGAACGCCUACCGAACCGAUGUGAUCCAGGCGUUGGGUGGUGUGGAAACGAUUCUUGAACACACCCUGUUCAAAGCAACAGCUUUCCCGUCCUGGGAGGGCCUGUUCUGGGAGAGGGCCAGUGGUUUUGAAGAAUCUAUGAAAUUCAAAAAACUCACCAACGCCCAGAGAUCUGGUCUCAACCAGAUUCCCAACCGUCGAUUCACUCUGUGGUGGUCCCCUACCAUCAACCGCGCCAACGUCUACGUUGGUUUCCAGGUGCAGCUGGAUUUGACUGGUAUCUUCUUGCACGGAAAGAUCCCCACUCUGAAGAUCUCUUUGAUUCAAAUCUUCCGUGCCCACUUGUGGCAGAAAAUUCACGAAUCGGUUGUCAUGGAUUUGUGCCAAGUCCUGGAUCAAGAACUUGAGCAGCUCGGUAUCGAGGCUGUCCAAAAGGAGACCAUUCACCCGCGUAAGUCUUACAAGAUGAACAGCUCUUGUGCGGAUAUUCUCCUCUUUGCGACAAACAAGUGGAAUGUCACCCGGCCUUCGUUGGUGUUCGAUACCAAGGACGUUUAUGAACCGACCACGACAAACAAGUUCUGGAUUGAUGUCCAGCUCAGAUAUGGUGAUUACGACUCUCAUGACAUUGAGCGAUAUGUCCGUGCCAAAUAUCUCGACUACACCACCGACAGCAUGAGUAUCUACCCCUCUGCCACCGGUUUGAUGAUUGGUGUCGAUCUCGCCUACAACCUCUUCUCGGCCUACGGACAGUACUUCCCAGGUCUGAAGACUCUGGUUCAACAGGCAAUGGCGAAGAUCAUGAAGGCCAACCCAGCACUGUAUGUCUUGCGCGAGCGUAUCCGCAAGGGUUUGCAGCUGUACGCCUCUGAGAGCAACCAGGAGUUCUUGAACUCUCAGAACUACUCUGAGCUUUUCAGUCCGCAGAUCCAGCUGUUCAUUGAUGAUACCAACGUCUACCGUGUCACAAUCCACAAGACUUUCGAAGGUAACUUGACUACCAAGCCUAUCAACGGUGCAAUCUUCAUCUUCAACCCUCGCACUGGACAGUUGUUCUUGAAGAUCAUUCACACCAGUGUCUGGGCUGGUCAAAAGCGUUUGGGACAGUUGGCCAAGUGGAAGACAGCCGAAGAAGUUGCUGCUCUUAUUAGAUCCCUACCCGUGGAGGAGCAACCGAAGCAGCUCAUUGUCACCCGUAAGGGUCUGCUCGAUCCUCUUGAGGUUCACUUGCUUGAUUUCCCCAACAUCUCCAUCCGUGCCUCUGAGCUUCAGUUGCCCUUCCAGGCUGCUAUGAAGGUUGAAAAGCUGGCUGACAUGAUUCUUCGUGCCACUGAACCUCAGAUGGUCCUCUUCAACUUGUAUGACGAGUGGCUCAAAUCCAUCUCUCCGUACACUGCGUUCUCCCGUCUCAUUCUCAUUCUCCGUGCUCUCCAUGUCAAUAUUGACAAAGCCAAGAUCAUUCUUCGUCCCGACAAGACUGUGAUCACUCAAGAACACCACAUCUGGCCAUCUCUCUCUGACGAGGAUUGGAUCAAGGUCGAAGUGCAAUUGCGUGAUCUCAUUCUGAACGAUUACGGAAAGAAGAACAACGUCAACGUGCAGAGCUUGACCAGCAGUGAAGUCCGUGAUAUCAUUCUGGGUAUGGAGAUUAGCGCACCCUCUCUGCAGCGCCAGCAGGCGGCCGAGAUUGAAAAGCAGCAGGAGGAGCAAAAGCAACUCACUGCCGUUACGACCAAGACUCAGAACGCCCGUGGUGAGGACAUCAUUGUCACCACCACGUCUCAAUACGAACAGCAAUCAUUUGCAUCCAAGACCGAGUGGCGCACUCGAGCAAUCGCAACCUCCAACCUGCGCACCAGGUCCAACAACAUCUAUGUGUCUUCGGAUGAUAUUCGUGACGAUGGAUACACCUACAUCAUGCCCAAGAACGUUCUCAAGCGAUUCAUUACCAUCGCCGACCUGCGGGUGCAGGUCACUGGUUACAUCUACGGUAGCUCACCACCAGACAAUGACCAGGUCAAGGAAGUUCGCACCAUUGUCAUGAUUCCUCAGGUCGGAAACACCCGGGAUGUCCAACUGCCGCACCAGUUGCCGCAGCACGACUACCUCCAAAACCUGGAGCCUCUGGGUGUCAUCCACACAGUGUCUGGAAAUGAGCCGCCGUAUAUGUCAGCGGCAGAUGUCACGCACCAUGCUCGCCUCAUGAACGCCCAUCCUUCGUGGGAUAAGAAGACCGUGACUAUGACAGUGUCUUUCACCCCUGGUUCCGUCUCACUUUCGGCGUGGGGCCUCACUCCUGCCGGUUACAAGUGGGGUGCGGAGAACAAGGAUACCACCUCGGAUCAACCCCAGGGCUUCUCCACCAACAUGGGAGAGAAGUGUCAGCUGUUGCUCAGUGACAAGAUCCGCGGCUAUUUCCUUGUCCCCGAGGAUAAUGUGUGGAACUAUAGCUUCAUGGGCAGCUCAUUCGGUAGCGUGGAGAAGAGGCCCAUCUAUGUCAAGAUUGACACCCCGCUUAAGUUCUACGACGACCAGCACCGUCCCCUGCACUUCCAGAACUUUGCUGAGUUGGAAGACAUUUGGGUUGACCGGGCCGAUAACUUUGCAUAA